CAUUUGGUGAUGUCAUCAAAUCGGGACAACUCACUCGAAGAAGUCGUCUGUUACUUCUCAAUCCUGAAAUACAGCAGCCGUCAUGUUGGUUUUACUCAAGGGUUUUGCUCUUAUGCCCUCAGCACACUCUUCGAGGACGAUGCCGCCUGUCAGCCGGUUGCUUCGCUGUUAUCGCAGUCGUUCGGCUCUGCCCAGGCUGUGCGCUGGGUUUCACCGUCGCUCUCCGGGACCACCGACGGCCACAGCCGGGACGGGAGCCCGGCAGGACCAGCGUCGAUUUCGUUGCCUGUUACCCGCUGACAGAGGCGAAUUCGGCCUGGUCAGCUGUAGAGGAGUCUCGGCGUCACCGACUAUCAGAAGCGACGCUGUCGGGAAGAUCCAGUCAACGCAUUAUCAGCUCGUUUACACAUGCAAGGUUUGCUCCACCAGAUCCGCGCAGAAGAUAUCCAAGCUGGCGUACCACAAAGGUGUGGUGAUAGUGACAUGUCCAGGAUGCGAGAAUCACCACAUCAUCGCGGAUAACCUCCGCUGGUUCUCUGACCUGGAAGGGAAGAGAAACAUUGAGGAAAUCCUUGCUGCCAAAGGAGAGACCGUGAAGAGGAUUGAAGGAAGUGCUGCUUUGGAGAUAGUGGCGGAUGAAUCAAGCAAAGACAGGUCACAGUGUGGUGAGGACACUGAAAAAUCAGACAAUGAUCCAGAAAAACAGUAAUGCUGUGUUUAUACUAUGUGUGUAUAUUGCAAGAUGUUUAUAUUUAACUUCACAAUAAAUGUACAUUUUUUAAA